AUGUCGGCCAAGGAAGACGUCCCAUACUACGACAACACGAACCUGCUACAGAAAAAUGAAAACUUCUUUAACUAUUACAUCCAUCAAAAAAUAAUCAAGGAAAAUGAAGUGGACAAUUUUAUGACCGUUAUAAACACAGAAUUACCAAUCACAUUUCGUGUUCUAAACAACAAUAAGUACAGCAAAUUUAUUCACGAAAAUAUAAAAAAGAAAUUGGAACAUCUUUGUAAGGACAACUAUGCGAUUACAAAGUUGAAUGAAGAGGACCAGAUGUAUGAGAUAUACUUGACGAGGUCCCAAAUUAAAAAAGAUGAAAAUUAUAAAAAUUUGUAUAACUAUUUAAUAAACUUAAAUGAGAGUGGGUACAUAUUUAGACAGGAGCUGGUAAGCAUGCUGCCAGUGUUGUUCCUAAAGUUGAAAGAGAAUUAUUUUGUUCUGGACAUGUGCGCAGCUCCUGGAUCGAAGACGGCUCAGAUUGUGGAUUACAUGCACCUCAUUAGCAAGAGGAAUGUAAAAAAUUAUUUGAUUCGGAAGUUUAUUCAGCGCAACUCGUCCCCUUUGGGAGGAUCCCUUGGGGGCGUGCACACCAAUUUAGACAAUGACGAUAGCAGUGUCAGCGGCGAUGAUAGCAAUGAUCGUGGCGACGUAAGCAAUGAAAGUGCCUUCCACCUAAACAGCAGCCAUGGAAAUCCCCCCUCUGAGGAGAAAAACCAGCUGUACAAAAGCCUGCACGACGCACUAGACGGUAAUCAAUACGACGAUGAACUGUUCAAGUACAUCCUCAACACAGACAACCAUUUGUACGGGCACUACAAGGAGCUCAUUUCGAAUAGCAACCCCACCGGUGUCGUCAUCGCAAAUGAUGCGAAUUUUAAAAGGUGCUGCAUGUUGUUCCAUCGGCUAAAAAAUAUACACAGUAAUUGUCUAGUGGUAACAAACAACAACGCACUUAACUUUCCUUACAUUUAUGUGAAGGAUGAUGAGGGAAAUACAAAUGAGAAGAGGUACUUUGACUCGGUUUUGUGUGACGUUCCAUGUAGUGGCGAUGGGACUCUGCGAAAGGAUAGAAAUAUCUGGUUAAAUUGGAACCCAUAUAAUGCGUACAAUUUAUUUCAAAUGCAAGUCAGUAUUUUAAAAAGGUCCAUCGAAUUGACCAAGGAAGGUGGGAAUAUUGUAUACAGUACAUGUUCGCUAAACCCGAUUGAAAAUGAGGCCGUCAUUUGCGAAGUUUUCAAUUCGGUAGAAAAUAGGAACUGCCUUAAAUUAAUCAAUUUUGGGAACGAACUUAUAGAUAAAUUAAAUUUUAAACCAGGGCUAAAUGAAUGGAAAGUGAUGAUGGACGAUCAGUGGUUUGAUACGUAUGAGCAAUAUUGUAAUUAUUUGCAAAGUAGGGAACAUGGGAAAUAUAAAAAAAUUUACGACAAAAUACAACCUGGGAUGUUUACUCCGGGUGAGGAAUUCAUGAAUGAGAUUAACUUGAAAUACGUGAAGCGAUUUUUUCCUCAUCAUUACAACGCGGGUGGAUUCUUCAUAGCAGUUAUUAAAAAGUGCGGAAAGCUCCAGUGGAAGGAAGAAAAAAAAAAAAAAAAAAAAAUUUACAAGAAAUUGAGCAAGGCGGAUAAGGACGAGUACAGGAAAAAGUACAAAUAUAGAAGACAUAAAAAGGGAAGCAAAAAAAAGGACAGGGAAAAAAAUGGAGACAUUAUUCCAUCCAAUGAGGUAAAUCAAAAUUGUAGUGAACAAAAUGGCAAUACCGAAUCGGUUGAUGGUGUCGUUUACAUUUCUGAUUAUGUUCCCAAACAGGUCAAGCAAAGUGACCACGCGAAAAUAUCCUCCUCAGACAGUAACCUACACAUGAGUAACAACGCACAGACGGUGGACCAAAGCGACGUGGAAGAAAACUACAACGUAAUCGAUAUUGACGAUGUGAUGACUAGCUACAAUGUUGUGACGAGCAACGAAGUGACGAAGAAAUACAACCUGAUCGACAAUGACGAUCUGAGCAGUAACUACAACAUGAUAGACAGUGACGACAUGGUGAGGAGUUUCCAACCCAGUGGAGGACACGGAGGGGGUGUAAUAAGACUCAUCAAUAAGCAGAGUGAGGAGGCGCUGCAUAGUUACAUGGGUGGCCAGGUUGGCAGCAAGUUGGGGUGCAAAAUGGCUAGCGAAAUGGAACAGGAAAGUGAUCAACAGAACGAGGAGGAAGCGAGAACACCCCAGCGGGAGGAGCGCAAAAUGACCAAGCAACAGGAGUACGUGAGCCUGGAGUACUACGAAAAAUUGCGCCCAACGCACGACCUCCUAAACAGAGUAAAAAAUUAUUUCAACCUGAAUGACAACUUUAUGUCUAUUAAGGAGAAUUUAUAUAUUCACCUCAAGGAUGACUCCAAUUUUGCAAAAUUAUCGAUCGACGAGAGGAUCAAUGUGAAUAUUAAGAAGAUAAAUUUGGUCAGCAAGCAUACUAAGGAUAUUUUAGAAUGCUACACAAAAAUAAAACUAAAGAUUAUCAGCGCGGGGAUCACUGUUAUCCAGAUAGACAAGAAUAAAAAGAACGGAGUGGAAAACUACUACCGAAUAAACUACAGUGGGUGCCUGAAUUUCUUGCCCUUCUUUAAAGACGUAGAUACAUUUUUGCUGGACAAGACAUGUAGGGAGGAAAUUAUCAAAAGUUAUUUUGCUCCUGUUUAUGAGAAUGAGCAGAGGGUGUUUGACUUUGAAGGUUACAUGGAGCAGCUGAUCGGGGAGCGGAAGAGCACCAUGUCCAGGGCCGUGGCCAAGGCGAAGGCGGCAGGGGAAGUGGAAAAUAAAGCGAGUGUGAAGGAGGAAGGUAAUAGUGUUGGUGUGAAGAAGGAAGGCGAGGUAAAAGAGGAAAACCAAAACGACGCCAAAGUGGAAAAAACAGACGAGCCCAUCGCGGACCACCAAGAAGGGCAAAAUGACGUGAACACCAUUUGGGUGAAAAGCGAUGCCAUCCUGGAUCUCAUAAAAGUAGAUAAGUCCAAAAUAAAUAACAUCACCAAAGAGACAAUUAGGCAGACGGCAAAGCUGACGAAACAUUCCCCCAAUAUUCUGUUAACCCUAAAUAGGAAUAAACAAAUUUUGGCCAUCCCUGCGAAUAAAGGAAACUUGUUUGUAGAUAUUAGCAUUGAUAAGAACUCCAUCAUCAUGCUGCCAUAUAUCUUAAACUAG